GUGGAAACGGUCAGCGACGGUAUAGCAGAAACCAUGUAGCCUCCCUCCGCCUUGCACACUACUCUAUCAUGAAAUUUGACCAUUUUUGCCGUACCGACAGCUCCAUCCUCACCAGGAUUCUCGAGUUUGUAAUCCGCCCUCUGCUGCAUUCAGGGUUCACCAUGAAUGAGUACUUUUCGGCCAUGCAGCUUGCCGGCAUUCAAUCAUACUUGGCGCUAUUGCUUCCCAGACUUUGCCUGCCAGUACCUUGUGCUGCACCGCCAGGUCAGCGGUGCAUGCGAAAAGAAAGGGGUGCGCUCGUUCCACAAAGGGCACUGGCUGUCAAACUACCGCUUCCUAUCAUCCAUGGGCAAGUUGCAUCAUGCCAUUGAAUUCCGGGUCGCCAUGCUCGAUGAAUGCAGGCAUAGCUUGAUGCUGGCCCAGGCUAUUCGGGGUGCAGGUAUUGGUGCCUGCCAGAUGCCGAAUGUGCAAAGUCUGGUGUUUAUCGGCGGCGGGAUAUUCACUUCUAGCAUGUACAUCUACCGGAGGGAUCGCAUGAAAAUUGACAAGGACGCUGUCUCUCUGCUGCAAAGGACCUUCCCCAGCUUUACCAGCAUGCGGUAUUCCCUGGCCGACUCUUCCUUUCCGACUGCUGGCCUUCCAGCCUACCCGAACACGGAAAGCUCCCGGUUCUACGAAAUGCUGUUGGCAAGUCGGCUCUGCUCUCUGCGCAUGGCACAGGCAUUUAACCCAGUGCCUGUCAAUACCACCAUCCAGUUUUCGCACCACCUUACGCAUCUGCAGAUGAACGCUGAGCUUGUCGCCAACAACCAGGCAUUCGGGUUGCUUCCUGUCGAUCAGCUCAGGCGUCUCGAGAUGGUUAACAUCGAUGGUGUUGCGCCCUGGGACAAGUUUGAGCGCUCUGGCAACACUGUCAAGUUCCCGAAUGUCGAAUGCCUGGUCAUGCGCUUCCGAAGAACCAUGCACCUGCGGCUGAAGUUCCCAGGCUACAACCUCAGGCUGCAGUUUCCAUCGCUGCAAUUUCUUACCAUCUGCGAUGCCGGAUACGCAUAUCGAGACCUGUACAUAUUCUUUUCCCGGUACCAGCUGGCGUCUGUGGAUAUUUCUGAGUGUCUGGACCACUACGAGAUGAUCGACCCCAGCAUCUUCGAGAACAGCAAGGUGCUGAAGAUAAUGUGCCUGAUGCCCAAGACAAAGGAGGGCACCAGGCUCUCGUCCAGCAUGUUCCAUGCCAUGUUCAGCCAAUGUGCCACCGCUGAGAAGAUGUCACUCGCUGGCCUUUACUACCCAAAUCCAAGACUAGUUCUGUGGACAAUGCUGCUGUCGCUCGACAUAUCGAUAUGCAUUGCUGACUACCAGAGUCUUGUCAGCCUCAUCAGCCAACUUCCGUUUCUGAAGGAGCUGUGCAUGUGCUGCUUUUCAAUGGACCGCCGCGACGCUGUGUUGACCAUCUACACCGACCUGGAUGCAACAUUCGCAUAUAACGAUAUUAUGCACCGGCCCGAGGAUAGGUCAGCAGUCAACUUCAAUCUUCGCAGGCUCGAGAUAAAUGCGGCACAGGCACUGAACAAGAUAGCAAUCCUGGCGCUUGCUUGUCGGCUCCCCGCGCUGUGCCAGCUUGGGGUCAACAAAGAGCAUGUCGACGGUCUUCACAGCAUGGUUAAGGCAGCCAAUUGGCUCAAGGACAGGGUCUUCGUUCCACAAAUUCCAGCCACUAAGCUAGGCACCUUUUUGUAUAUUUUCCUUCUCAAUUUCUGGCACCGUCAGGUUCUUGGCACUGCUGCGCACACAGAAAACAUGGCGAAUACAUCGUGCUGGUGGUGGCAAAAGGACCCAAUUGAUGAGACUUCCAUUGUCCUUUGCCACUAUGUAUGCCCCCGUCUUUAGCGGGUUUGAGCAGCAAGCAAGAUGGGCGUCCAUUGUUUACAUUCCAUACCAGGCCCUUAAAACCCAGGGGAUGGUGCCUGCAUGACGCUCCUUGGCCGUUGUCUCCUCGCUAAUUUUUUUUACUUCCUUUUCGUCUAGUUCAAUAUUGCAGCUGGUUUUUUUUAUAAAUGACUCAAAAUGAGAAUGCU